GGCCUGCUGGGAGAGUGAUGCCAUGUAGCAUACGCCCAGCUGACCAUGCCAGCCAGUCACGGCUAGGCACGUUGGUGGCAUGAUGGCUGGCUGGACAGGUUCCAGAUCUUCCGCAGAUAGUCAUGCGCGAGCUGUUGACAAUGAUGACGGCAUUUACACACAACUGCUGCAACAGGCAAGUGACCUCAACAGUGAGCUUUGCCGUGAGAACAGCGAGCUGCGCAGAGAGGUGGCUGAGCUGCGGCAGAGACAAGUUCAGCGCAUGAAGAGAGAUGCAGACAGCAGCCGCACGGCAAAGGUGCGAAGGCUGAUGCCUAGAGCCAUGUCAAACAUCAAAAGUGCACUACGGGACCUUCCGGAGCCUGCAGAGGGACUUCCACACAUGCUCGAGGAAGCUGCAAAUCGGGUCUUUGCCUCCAUGGCAGAGCUGCAAGAGGGCAACUCAGCCAUGGCAUCAGGGGAGGAAACCGCAGCCCUCAUUGCAGAGAAGGUGGCCUUGAAGGAGUUCUGCAUCCAUCAGCAAGAACGCCUGUUGGAACUGGAGCUUGCAAAGGAAAAACUGCAUGCGAACUCUGGCAACUGGGCACUGCGACUGACCUCUGCCUUGCAGGGCAUUUCCGAAGUUGCACCUCGACACUCGCCCAAGAAUGGUGCGCAGCAAGAGGUUGUUGUCCAGCUUCCCAUUGUGAAUGUGGGAGAUGAGUGCGAAGUGGUGGGCCGCAGGGGCGCGAUCUUGCGAGAAAGAGAGGAUCUCGAAAGUCCAUUGGUUGCUACUGUGGGGCAAGGCGGUCAUGUCCGAAUUGUUCAGGUGGCUUCAUCCGAAAGCCGGCGUGCACUGGUCGAGGUCAUUGACUCCCCGGAGGUGGAUCCCCCACCAGCUGGUGGAUGUGCUGUGCCCGGUAGCAUUGGAUGGCUGAGUGUCUCAACAAAAGAUGGGAAAGCUUUGAUCCGACCCGUGUCCGCAAUGUCCGAGGUCGCCCAGGUUGUGCCUUCAGCGCCUGCAGCGCCUUCGCAGCCGAGGCUGGAUGCGCCAGAGGCGGAGGAAGCAGCAACUGAGAAGUCGGCUGAGCAGGCGGAACAGUCUCAGCAGACGGAGAAGGAACAGACUGAGCAUACAGAGCAGACAGAGCAAACUGAGCAGAAUGAGCAGACGGAGCAGAAUGAGCAGAUCGAGCAGAAACUGGAGGAAGGCGAGGCUUCCAAAGUGGAGCCUUCAGAGGAAGUGACAGAGGUGCCAGAGGAGAAGGCCAGCGAGGCUGAAUCAGCACCUGUGGCCGGGGUGCCCUCAACAGAAACAGAGGUGCCAAAGGAGCCGCCAGAGUCCAAAGAUGCUGAGCCUGAAGCUCCAGCGGAAGGCAAAGGCUCGCUGAGGGCAAGCAAUGAAGCGUGGGUGGAAUUACGACGAGAGAGGCGGCAGCGAGAGCGACAGGUGAAGGCCAUGCAAGCCCAGGUCGAGUCCGCACGAAAGCAGGUGGAACAACUGGAUGAGGUCAAAACCAAGCUUCGGGAGUAUCGCUCAGCAGCACUGGAGGCCAGAGUGCGUGGCCAAGAAUUUCUGGAAGGUCUGCGAAUGGCAUCGGAGGAGCUGCGGGUGAUCGAUCGGCCGCAGGUUACCCGAGAGGUUGUGGAGCCCGAAGAACCCGAAGAACCAGGCCCAGUUGAAGCUGUACUAAAAGAACCAGAGGAGCAGAUGCCGGAGGAUGCCUUUGUCGAUGAAGAAGCCGUGGAAUGGCGGCGCUUGCUCUCAGAACGCGAGACCACCGCGCGGGAGUUGGCCUCCACGCUGCGGCAGGUGGAGGAGAUGGAAAAGGAAGUCGAAGAUCGUGGCAUCGAGUUGGAUAUUGCGCAGCGGCGCCGGGAGCGAGAGCGCAGCAGCCUGCUGAUGGCGCUUAGGGAGCUGGGCUAUUGGCAAGGCAGCCCCACAGGGAAGCCUGACGACGAAGCUGCCUUGGACGAGGGGGAAACCUCUGAUGGGCCCAGUUCAAGGACAGCAUGGGCAUCUGAGUCCUCUCCCAGUGGCCAUCCAUCUGGUCAGAAGGGGAGAGAUGAGGACAAGGAGCGGCAAUAUCUUCAACGCAUCAGUGAGCUCGAAGAGAGUGCCUUGAAACUGCAGGAGCAAAUCGAUGCCGUUCAGGCACGCGUUGCCUUGCUAAACCAGCAGGCAGUCACUCGCCAACAAGCCCUGCGCUAUGCCUCCUCACUCCCUGCAGUUGGCGGCCUCGCUGAAGCAAUCACCGCUCGUGUGACGUCCAGACCAGACGUUGAUGGGCUCACGGAGAUGCUUGGGCGGCUCUUUGUGGAGAACUUUGAUCUCCGAAGGAAGCUGCGUGCCGUAGGCUCAGAAAAUGAUGCUUCUCAGUCAGAGUCAUCAGCAGCACAGGCGCUGGUGCCUUUGGACUUAAGCCGUUUCGCCGUACCUGAAGGUGCCGACUCGGAUGAUGAAAGCCUAGUGCCAAGCCUCCCAAGCAUCCCAAGCCUGCCAUAUCACCCGCUUGGAGCGGUCACUGAAAUGAAGCCUUCCGCCUCGUUGAGGCUUCCUUCACCAGAAGCGGUGCUGAAGCCUAGCGACAGGCCGAAAAGUUCUCCACGGAGUUUGUUGUUGACCUUGGACUUCAAGGACCUGCCCGUUGCAGAGUGAGCUUUUGCCCACUCGAGGAAUCAAAGUUUGAGGUCAGAAGUCGU